AUGUUGACCGAAGCUCUGGUGGUCUCUGAGCCUGGCGCGCCAUUCAAAUAUCAGAAAGUCCAACUGCAAGAUGAUUUAAGAUCCGACGAGGUGGCAGUGCGCAUAAAAGCGACAGGUGUUUGUCACACGGACUUGAACUUUGCAAACGAAAAGUCCAUGCCUGAACUAUAUCCUGCUGUGCUUGGACAUGAAGGAGCAGGUAUCGUCGAGCGGAUUGGUUCUGCUGUCACAAAAGUUUCGCCCGGUGAUCAUGUCAUUGUAUGCUAUUCGAGCUGCGGCAAAUGCAAGUAUUGCAUUCGCAAGGAGACGUCAUACUGCGAUUUAUGGUUCCAGUACAACUUUGGUAUAGGACGGCUAGACGGAUCCAAGACUUUCUCCUCGACCACAGACGGCCAACGCAUCACGUCUCACUUCUUCGGCCAGAGCAGCUUCGCAAAGCAUAUUCUCGUAUCGGAAAACGGGCUGGUGAAGGUCGACAAAGACAUUUCUUUUGAGAAACUGGCCCCACUAGGGUGCGGCAUGAUGACGGGUGCUGGAGCUAUGCUGAACGUUAUCGAACCAACAUCUGAAAUGGCGGUCGUGGUGGUGGGAGCAGGAACAGUAGGGCUAGCAGCAAUAAUGGCUCUAAAAUUACUCGACCAUCCUCCCAAGAAGAUUAUUGCUGUGGAUGUCGUUGCAAGUCGACUAGAAAUGGCACGGGCGUAUGGAGCGACUCACGGGGUGAACUCCAAGAUCCGACCAGACCUGAUGAAGGUGCUGAUGGAUAUCACGAAUGGGCGAGGGGUGGACGGCGCGAUCGACACCACUGGCCGACCACCGGUCCUCAAGGAGCUCAUUCACAGCGCCGCCAGGAAGGGCAAAGUCGUAUCAGUGGGUGUAGGAGACCUCUCAGCAGAAGCAUCUUACAACAUUUUUGAGAUGGUCAACUCAGGGUGCAGCUAUAUCGGAUGCUGUGAAGGAAACUGCUUUCCGCCUGAGUUUCUUCCGCGACUAUUGACGGCAAAUCAGGCGGGGAGAUUCCCAUACCAUGAGUUGAUCAAGACGUAUCCGGCGAAGGAAAUGGCACAGGCUGUCAAUGACAUCCAUAGCGGCAAGACGGUGAAGGCAGUGCUGCUGUGGGAUUGA